CAAGACAAGACCCAUCGUAAGUUUCCAGACAAUGUAUGAAACAUGAUGGAUGAUGAUACAGAAAUUGCUGUUGUUGGCAUUGGAUGCCAUUUCCCAGGAGGUGAGGGACUGGAAAACUUCUGGAGAGUCCUCCUUCAUGGAGAGAAUUGUGCAGUUCAGAUACCAAAUGAACGGUUCAAUCUCUCUCAGUGGUAUGAUCCAGAUGAGAGUAAGGCAGGAAAGACAUACACAGCAAAGGCAUCACUUAUUAAUGGUCUGAAUCAGUUUGACCACAAGUUCUUUGGAAUUACUGAUGCGGAAUCGAUCAAUAUGGACCCUCAGCACAAACUUUUGCUGCAGUGCACCUACAGAGCACUAGAGGACGCUGGGAUACCAAUGGAAAAGGCCAGUGGAACAAGAACAGGAGUAUUUUUGGGCCUAAUGAACAAAGACUUUGAGUUGGCAAGUGUAAGAACUAAUCCAAAAUACAUUGACCACUCUUAUGGUACUGGUGUAUCUAUGAGCAUAGCUGCCAACCGCAUCUCAUACAUAUUCAACUUCACUGGCCCCUCACUGACCAUUGAUUGUGCCUGCUCCUCAUCCCUUGUUGCCCUUCACUUCGCUUGUCAAGCCAUUAAACAAGGAGAUUGUGAUAUGGCCAUGUGUGGGGGUGUGAGCUGCAUCUUGGAGCCAACCAUUUUUGUGGGUCUUUCCAAGGCAAAAAUGAUCUCUUCUGAUGGCACCAGUAAGCCUUUCAGUAGCAAAGCCAAUGGAUAUGGAAGAGGUGAAGGCUGUGGGGUCAUUCUCUUAAAGCCUCUGAAAAAAGCUCUCAAAGACCAUGAUCACAUUUGGGGCAUCAUCAGCAAAACUGCAGUAAAUCAAGAUGGCCACACCGUUAGUCCAAUGACCAAACCAUCCAUGGUUCAGCAGGAAGAGCUGCUUAAAAAAAUCUACUCAACGGAGACUGACCUGACUAGUGUCCAGUACAUUGAAGCUCAUGGGACUGGGACUCCAGUUGGAGAUCCGAUAGAGGCAGGUAGUAUAUCAAAAGUUAUUGCCAAAGCAAGACCUCAUAAGUCAGGACCACUGAUUAUUGGUUCUGUUAAGAGUAAUAUUGGACACACAGAAUCUGCAGCAGGGGUUGCAGGGCUUAUAAAGGUUUUUUUGAUGAUGAAACAUGAAACCAUUGUGCCAUCUUUGUUCUACUCAAUGGAAAACUCCAGCAUAGAUGUUGAAUCUCUUAAUAUGAAGAUUCCCACCACAGCUGAAAAAUGGAUCAGUGACUACAAAUCAGGGAGGUCUGCAGGAAUCAAUAACUUUGGGUUUGGUGGAACAAAUGCACAUGCAGUUGUCAGACAAUAUGUACAGUCAAAAAUCCCCAGUGCUCAACUGACCAAAACACAUCAGUAUUUUGUAGUUUCUGCUGCCUCAGAAAAAUCCAUGAAAAAUGUAACUGAAGACACUGCAAAACAAAUUAUGGCAGGCAAAAUAACAGAUCUACAAUCUUUACUUUACACAUCUGCAUGUAGAAGAAGUCACUUGAAACAUAAAUACAGGAGGGUAUUUCAAACAUCAUCAUUGACAGAUCUGCAAGAGAAACUUACUGAUGCUUUAGAGAAAAAGCUUGUACCAUCAAAGACAGACUCCAAGCUAGUUUUUGUUUUUUGUGGCAAUGGUGUUACAUAUCAGGGUAUGUGCAAACAGCUCCUAAAACAAGAGCCAGUUUUCAGAGAGGAAAUCAGUAAGAUUGAAACACUUUUGCAAACCCAUAGAAGUUUGAAUCUGAUAGAGAUGUUGGAAACUGAAUCUGACAUAAGUAAAGAACUGUCUGAUCCACAGGUUGUCCAGCCUCUACUGUUUGCUAUUCAGGUUGCUGUUGUUAACCUUCUGAAACACUGGGGCAUCAGUCCUGAUGCUGUUUUUGGGCACUCUAUUGGAGAAGUCGCUGCAGCUCAUUGUUCUGGGUUGUUGUCACUUGAAGAUGCAGUGAAAGUCAUCCACUGCCGCAGUUCUUUGCAAAGUACUGUGACAGGAGGGAAGAUGCUGGUUGUCAGUAAUAUGUCUGUUUCUGAAGUCCUGAAAGUGCUUCCAACUUAUUCAGGAAAGGUUUGUUUAGCUGCUUACAACAGCCCUCAGUCUUGCACCCUCUCAGGAGAUGCAGAUGAUAUUGAAAGGUUGCAUCAGAAUUUGCACAUGUCAGCCAGUGGAAAGGAUCUCUUCCUUCGCACCUUGGAUGUACCUGCAGCAUACCAUAGUCACAGAAUGGAUCCCAUUGUAUCCAAAGUGAAAGACAGCAUAGGCUUUUUGCAGGCACAUGAUUUGGAGACAGAACUGUUCUCAACAGUUACUGGUGAACAUUUUUGUUCCUCAGACUUUAUUACUGGUGACUAUUGGGCAAGAAAUAUUAGGGAGCCGGUUAAAUUUGAGCAAGCUGUGAAGUCUGCAGCUAAAAACAAAAGGAAUGUGAUAUUUGUUGAAAUUGGCCCAAGAAGAUCUUUGCAGCGGUACAUCACUGAGACUCUGGGAAAUGGUGUCACUGUGCUUUCCUCACUGCAGGCAGAAAAAGAUCACGAGACAAUACUUGCUAUUGUUUCUAAAUUGUUUGAGCUUGGGUUCAAAGUGGACUGGGAAGUGUUCUACAAAGGUUAUGAGACCAAACCAAUUCCCUACCCACGAUACCAGUUUGAUGAUGUGAAGAGAGAUGUCUUUGCUUCACGUUUGCAGAUGAUAGGUCCCACCUGCAACCAUCCAGUAGUAACACAAAUAGGCACAGACAGUUCAGUGUUCAACUGUGACUUAUCGUCUGAAUCAGUGGCCUUCCUGAAGGACCACAGGCACAAUGGAGUUGCCAUCAUUCCUGGGGCAUUUUAUGCAGAGUUAGGCUUGGCAGCCACCAUAGCAUUUGCAAAACCCAAGGUCCCACUCAGUUCUCUACAGCUCAGUAUAACAUUUCAGAGUCCAUUUGUUUUCACCAAGAACGCCCCAGAGAUAAAAGUUGUGCUGGAUCCAUCAGAAGACUUGGCAGAUAACACAUGUAAUUUCAAAAUACAGUCUACUUCUGCAGUCUAUGCAUUUGGCACAGUAGAAAUAAAACAAGGUAGAAUGCCUGAAGAAGAGUUCAUUUCAUUGGACUGUAUUUACAAAAGAUGCACAUUCCUCAUGUCUACGGAAAAGAUCUACAAGCAUCUAAGUCAAACAGGAUUUGAGUACGGGUCAGUCUUCAGAAAUAAGGCAGAUGUUUACUGUGGGGAAGAAUUUAGGGAGGCUAUAUCUGUUGUGAGGAUCCAAAAGGAAUUACUGCAUCAAUUACAUGACUAUUACCUUCACCCUGUGGUCUUGGAUUAUGUCAUGCAACUUAUUCCUGGAACUAUUGCGCAUGAGCUAUCAGCAAGACCUCAAUUUCCUGCACAAAUAGGUAGCCUGAUUGUAUUUGAACCAUUGCAAGAGGAGAUGGUUGUAUAUCUGAGAGCAGUGCAUGUGGGAGAACAUGAUUUUGACGUUUGUGGCUGCCUAGCCAACAAACAUGGUAGGGUCUUGGUUGAGCUCAGGCAUGUGAAGAUUAGAAUGCUUGGAAGUCAUUCACGUGUAGUUGAGGAGUACUUCUUCCACAACGAGUUCAGUACCAUCUCUGAAGAAACAACAUCUAAAACAUCAAUUAAAGCAUUGGUCUUUUCUGAUAAGGUGGGACUUUCUAAAGCUUUGCAACAGUACUUGGACCCAGCAUCUAGAUAUCUAUCUUCUACAAACAGUAACAUGUUGUUAGAGUAUGGAGUUGACCAUCUUUUUUCUAAACUGAAAGUUUCAAAUGUAAAGAAAAACUUCCAGGAUAUUUUGUUCUUGUGGAGUGAUGCAGACCUAACUUCUAGCAAAUCAGAGAAUGUCUUGGACAACAUGUCAGGGUGUUGUGAGAUUUUCAGAAAAAUUGUUGGAUAUCUUAAAACAAUUAAUUUCCCAGGCAAUAUCAGAGUAAUAACCUAUAGAUCCUCUGAGAGCACAGUUGACUACAUCAACCCUGGGUUUGUGCUAUCAGGCAUGACAAGAGCAUGUGCAGCUGAAUUGCCAGAACUUUCUUUUCAGCUGAUUGAUGUGGGGUCUAUUAGUUUUGAAGACAUCAAGGCUUUAUUCCAAGUCCUAAGUUCAUACCCUUGUCACAAAUAUCCAGAGGUAGUAGUGAAGGAGGGUAAAAUUCUCAAACCUGAAAUCACCCACACUCCAUUGCCAACCAUAACAAGCUCUUCAAGAAAUGUACACAUGUUGCACAAUGAAGUCUUCAUUUUACAAACAUCUGACCCAUAUAUUAUGACUAAUCUAUCAGCUUCUCUUAUUAAUAAUUCCAUUGAACCGAUUCAAGAAAAAAACAUUGAGGUUCACCUUAGUAAAAUCUGUGUUCAUACAUCAGAUUACUUUCCAGUCAGCAUGACUGACCUCAGUUAUGGACGGACAUUGUAUUGGAACAAGCACACAACUGAAAACCAUAAGCUUUUAGCUCUUGACAUCAGUGGCACUGUCACAGCUGUGGGUAAAGAUGUCAGCAAAUUUAAAGUUGGUGAUCACGUUGUGUGUUGUUACCCUGUGGCUGCCACCUCUAAAGUAGUUCUCCCAGCAGCUGUUUGCUGCAAAGCAAAAAGGUUUUCGUUCCUGAAUGAAAUCCCUUGUGUCUCUUAUAUGGUCUUGGCUUGGGAGAUAUUUCAUGAGGCUUUACCCAAGGCUAAACCACAAAGGAAAUUGGGUAUUUUCUCCCCUGUUCCUGACUCAGCAUUGAUGAAUGUCUUAAUUGCUAUUGCAAACAGAUCAGGUUGGGAAGUCAGAGUGAGCACACAGGUAGAUCGGCUGUCUUGUGAUUUAAGUGAGGCUGAGGGAGCUGUUCUACUUCCUCCUUAUAAUGUAAAAACCAUAGAAAUAGCUAGCGCUGUUAGAAGUAUCAAAGACAUUGUUCUUGUCUAUGACCUCCAGACAGAAUUUCCAUUCAAUACAUCAUCAUUCAAAGAUGCAAAUGAGGAGGUCCACUUCCAUGUCAUUUUCUUGUCCCAAAUUAUGCAGAAAGGGUCUCUGCAAACGCAAAUGCCACGAAUCUACAGUUGGAUGAAAUCUAUGCAUUUGGAGAGGAAGUCCUUGUCUUUGUACACAAUAAUUGUUCAAAGACCAAAAACUCAAGACAUUGAUCUUAUGUCUGUAAAAGAAUCUGAAACAUACUUCACAUGCCAGAUUCUACCCAUAAUUGCCCUGAACAGUAAUGCCAAGGACCAACUGUCUGACAUUCCAGUAAUACCAAAAAGCAGUCUAUUUCAUAAACAAUCAGUCUAUAUUGUGACAGGUGGUCUAACAGGGUUGGGGUUUGAGACAGUAAAGUUCAUUGCUCAAAAAGGAGGAGGGAACAUUGUCAUUCUGUCUAGGAGUGACCCAAACCUUACGAUACAACAAGAGAUAAGUAAACUCAGUACCCAAUAUGGUUCUGUGAUUAAGUCUCUGUCAUGUGAUGUUUCUGUAUCUGAUCAAGUGGACCAGACAAUUGUUAAUAUUGGAAAACUUUUUCCAUUCAGUCCAAUCAAAGGCAUAUUUCACAGCGCAGUUGUGCUGCAUGAUGGUCUGAUUGAACAUCUUGACAAAGCUCUUUAUGAGAAAGUUAUGAGGCCAAAAGUGAAUGGAGUGUUGAACCUUCACCGUGCUACCAUACAAUGCAAUCUGGAUUACUUUGUGUGCUAUUCUUCCAUCUCUGCCUUCAUGGGAAAUGCCUCACAAACGAAUUAUGCUGCAGCUAAUACGUUCAUGGACACUUUCUGUCAGUACCGCAGAAACAUUGGGCUUUCUGGACAGUCCAUUAACUGGGGAGCUUUGAAUCUCGGUCUUCUGUUGAACAAAGCCCAUUUCCAAAGAUUUCUGGAGGCAAAGGGCAUCAUGCUUUUGGAGAUUCCAGAAAUCCAUGAAAGUCUUGAGCAGUGCCUCCUAAUCAACAAACCUCAACAGGUUGUAUGCAAAUUCAAUUUUAAAAACACCUGGAAUAACAUUCUCAGUCAAAACAAAUCACUGAAUGCACGGUUGUUCAAAAUAGCACAGGAAUCCAUUAGUAAAGCUGGUGUGAGCAUAAAACCUGAGAAAUCCAUGACAUCAUCUUCACCACGUGAUUAUCUUAGGUUCAUGAUUGGUGAAACAACUGGUGUUGAGAUGGAUGAGCUGAAUGAUGAUGUGCAUCUUUUUGAAGUGGGCAUUGACUCAAUGUUAGCCAUGACCCUGCAAAAUCUUAUCUUCAAUGAUAGAGGUGUGAAUGUCCCUCUAGUGACUCUGCUGGACCCAAAUAGCACAAUGUCAUCUCUCAUCAAAAUCGUGGAGGAGAGCUGUGUAGAUGAAUAUCAGAGUGAAAAUGAGAUCAAAUCCACAUACUUAUAAAGGUGAUUUGCACUCCUCUAAGUAGUCUUUUUACAGCCUUACAAUGAAUAAACAAACAAAAUAGAUUUAGGAAACAUGAAAUUAAUACAUUGUUGCAUAUCAUAGUUAGCAUUGUUAUACUACACUGCUUGUUUAAAUAAGGCAUUUAACUUCAGUUAAUAUUUCUGAAUAAUUUUAUUGGCAGAUUGUAUAAAGAGAUGAAACAUAUAUAUAUACACACAGACAUAUUUCUGGUAGUUUGAAUUCCUGAUUUUUGCUUAGUUUCUCACAGAUCUGGUAGACUGACUAGACAGAACUUUGUUGUUUUGUGAGGCAUAUACCUGGUAUUACUAAGUCAUCCUCUUUGUUAACAGACCCUAGUACCUGUAAUUUUAUUUUGUGUUGAAAUAAUAUAUUAUAUGCAACAUGUUGAUGUAAUUUUGUUAAAUUGUUGAUAUCAAAUAGCUUUAUGUAUGUAUUUAUAACUCACCAAAUCUAUAUUCAUCUACAUACAUACACUUGCACACACACCUCUCCAAUGCUUACACUAUUUUUUAAUCCCUCCCUGUGGUAACUUGUACCUGGAAAAUGUUUGAAACUUUGUUUUGUAUUACUAGCAUUUUUAAUGUUAUUGUUUGCUUAAAAUUAAUCACUUGUUUGUUUUCCUCAUAUGGAAGUAUCUUUGGACAAAUGCAUCUGUAAAUGCAUUAAUAAAUGUACAAUGUAAACAUUAAAUGAUGGGAAAUUAUGACAUGCUAAUUGGGUUUGAUCUUAUUUUUUGAUCAUCUUUUUUUCUCACUAAAGAUAUCACGAUGUCAUGUAGGGCUAAAGAUCGAAUACAAUUUAGUAUUACUGUAAAUUACUUUUUAUUUAAUCCAUGUGAUCUAAAGUGUUGGUAAGAAUUGUAAUAUUUUCAAAAUACAUCAUGUCUUGUAUGCUGAACAAUUUUUAAAAUACUGUGUAAAAUGACAAAUAAAAAAACUGUUCAAUAUAUGUUUUAUAUUGCACUUCCUAUAUUAUGAUGUUCUUGAGUGUAGUAAAAGUAUUGUUAAAAUUUACUAAAUGUCAAAUCUACUUUAAAAAAAAAAAUCAAUAUGGUAUGAUCACUUACAGUAGAACUCAAUAAAAGAAAAGUAAUAAGCCUUUGAUAAAACUAUGCUUGUCUGGGCUUUCAUACAAACAAAUCCCAGAAUUGCACACACAAAAUUCAAAAUGCCUCACAUCUCUUGCAAAAUUAAGCACUGCAUUGAAAAUAUCACAAUCAUUCUCAAAAGCAAACAUUUGUAUAACGUUGCAAACACCUUUGCCAUAAUAUUAUAUUUUUGGAUUUAUCAGACACAGUUUUUCAAAACCUAAAGCUCUCCUUUUAUGUGCUCCUAUGUACAUUUAUGUUCAAGACUGAAAGUAAUUAGCAGAAAGAUGUUACAGUUUUUCUAAUUUUCUAAUACACUCAAAAUGAAAUGAGGAUCCACGUGUUCUUCAUCAUCACAUUGUAAUCGAAACAGGUCAAUUUAGCUCAAAGGGAAUCAUUUAAGAAUUAAAUUUUUAGGGAAUUUGAACAGAAUCACUGUUUCACGGCUGAUCACUGAGGCGC